AUAUUGUACCGUUAUUUGGUAUUUGGUACACGACGACCACGACGACAAUAUAUUUGUACCUGCAGAAAAGUGACGUGUCUAACAACUUAAUACUGACAUGUUUAACAUUACCUUUUAUUUUACAGCUUGUAUAGACAGAGAUUUUAUCUUUAGACGCAGAAGGAAAUGUGCGACCAGUUUGUCAAGUACUGUCGACUAUUAGGACAAGAGGUUAGUUUAUACUCGGAUCAUUAGAAAUCAUUGAACAAAGGAUAUAACUAUAGUGGACUGUUAUCAGACAGCUGGUCUGACGGGACAAUAACAUUUGUUUUUAGUGCGGACAGUUAGUGGAAUAAUUUGUUGACUAAAGUGAUCAGCAGACACAGGUAUAAACAGAGAGAACAGUAUUGAAUUUUCACUAAGAAAAUCAAUUAGUUUAUUGACGAUCGAGCGUAACAGACGUGUGAGCACACCAGCUGACUCUCGUAACAUUUUUUUAUGAUAUUUAAACCUUGCAUAAAUGACACAUGAAGUUAGUAGUGGAGUGCUUUGUCCAAAAUGGAGACAGGAAAGUCAAAAGAUAAGGAGUAUGAAAAUAAACAUGGAAACUUACUGAGCUGUCAGGACAUUAAAUCUAAAGCGGAUUUUAUUGAUAUAAUUGAUGUGUCCUUGCAAGGUCAAGAUUAUACCAAUGGUUUAAAUGCUGAGGUAGAUCUUGAUGACAGUAUUGACAAGAAAGAUGAACAAACUGACAAAGAUGAUGCAGCGAAUAAAAGUGGGAACAAAACAUGUGAUGUUAAGGUAGUUAAUGGUGACAAAGUUGAUUCCGAAAAAGCAAGUGCCAAAGUUAAUCCAGAGAAUAAAAGUCCAUCUCAGAAGAAAAAGAAGAAGAAAAAGAAGAAGAAGAAGAAGGAUUCUAGCAAAGAUAGGAGCGAUUCUGUAGAUAACACAGAUAAUAGUGAAGGUGAAGUCGGUAAAGAAAAGGUGUUACUUGAUACACAAGUUAAUUCUGUUAAAAGUCAAGAGGAUAUGGGUAAUAAUUUGGAAGGCAAAGAUAAACUGGAAACAAGUGUUGAUAACCCUCAACAAACCAUUGAUGAUGCAUGUGCUAAACUUGAUGAAGGUGCUCUAGAAAAUAAUAACUUGAAAUCAGCUUUAGAUAAUGAAAGCCAGCCUCCUGUUGCAGAUGUUAAAGUGAAUGAAGAUGGUGCAAAAGAUUCUAGUGUUGUAAAUGUAGAGAAUCUUGAAAAUGAUUUGGUUACAAAGAUUGAAGGCACAGAUGUUGUGGUAGAAACUAACCAGGAGAAAGAAGGUGAUAUAAUUGAGGAUGCCGCCAGUGAAGAUAAAAAUCAGAUACAAAAGGAAGAUGAAAGAACCAAGAGUUUGGAAGUAAAGGAAGAUACAGCAAAAAAUGAAAAUGCUGAUGAUACUGAAUUGAAUAUUUCAGUUGGUAUAGAAAGUACUACAACAGUAACUGAAAAGGAAGAUACUGGAGGUGAUGAAGAAUUCAUAGACCGGGAGAAAGUUAAGAAUUUCAUUGAUGAAGUUAUAAAUGAUAUACAAGGAAUUGUUAUUGAAGCAGAUGAGUGUGAUUCUGUUGUAAAUGAUAUGUGUAAGAAAGGUGAAAAUAGUGAAUUAGCUUAUGAUCAAGUAAAGAAUGAAAUCAGUGAGGUGGUAGGAAGUGACAUUCCUGAAGUUAGUGGAGUGGAUAGCAAAUCAGUGGAAUUAAGUUCAAACAAAGGAGAAGCAAAUUUGAAUCUGUCUGAAACUAUUGAAGAUAAUCCUACGAUAGAUAAAAGCAAAUUGGAGUUGAAUGGACAUGAAUUGCCAUGUGAACUUGUUAUUAAAGAAGAGACGGAUUUUGUUGAAAAUUCUCAAUCUCCUGUCUGUCAAAAUGAGGAAUUACCAAAGAUGAAUGAAACAACGACCAAAGAAAAUAAAACAUCUGAUGUGGAUACGACCAGUUCUGGUGAGACAACAGAGACACAAGAUCUAAAACCUGUAACUGAGGAGGUAGCUGAUGUUUCUGAUGCACAGGGCAAGAAGAGACUUGACAUGCCAGGUGCACAGGGAGUAGACACAGAGACACAAACAGACCAGGUUGUUAAUCGUAAAGAAAAGAAUGAUAUAAAGAUGUUAGAAGAGGAAUUAAAGAUGGCGCAGACGGCACUGCAGAAAUCACAACGAUGUCUCCAAGACGAGCGUUCCAGCCAUAACCGAGAUGUUAUCUCAUUGAAACUACAACUAUACAAAAGUCAAACUGAACUUAAACACCAAAAAUCCAAAUCCGAGAAACAGUUUACGGAAAUUAUGUCCCAUCUUGUUAUGUUGGAGAGUCGAUUGAGACGCGAACAGUUGAAACUGCAAAGGGAGACAAGAGAUAAAAAUACUGUGAUUGAUAAUCAGAAGAAAGAAAUCAUGAAAUUAAGAGACCAAAAUGAGCAGUUAAUGAAUGCUAUUAAGGAAAUCUGUGCAAACGGUGGUAUGAAUGGAUAUAUGAGACGCAAAAGUGGUGAUAAUUCCGAAAAUAGUGCUAAAGGAUCUCGUGAUAAGAAAGGGGCUGCUGGGAAAUUGAGUUCCAUGAAAGAUAAGUUCUCUGCAAAGAACAGAAGCAGUUUGGAAUUAAGUAGUUUAAAUCUGGAAAAAUAUCUGAUAAAAAACGAAAGGUUGUAUUCUAGUCAGGAAGAUUUGCGUAGACUCGGAGAUGAACGGAGGCGGAGCAUUCCAAGUGGAGAUGAGAGAAUAGCGAGAGGUCAGCAAAAUGAUUCAAGCCCUCGACCCGUUAGUGAUAAUAGUGAAUAUAAAAAUGGAAAUCGUGCAAAACAUGUCAGGUAUGCAAAUCAGAAUUUCUUUUCCGAAUACGGUUCUCCAAAAUACGAAAUGAACAAAUCCAUAAGUGAUUCUUCGCACUUGAGCGAAUCCAGUGGUUUUCAUUCCCUCAGUGACCAUGACCUCUCUGCACAAAACGAUUCUUUAACGAACGGAAACCAUGACUAUGUUGAUGAAGAUGACGACGAUGACAGAAUUUUCUCAUUCAGUUCGACUCAUAUUAACACAGUGAUAGAUGAAGAGGAGGCAAUGGGACCGAUCGUGUCGCAUUCAGGACAAAUGAUGUCAAUGGGAUCUAUGCCAAUGUUGGCACAUCGUAAUGAGGAGCUUGGUUCGGGCAAGAAUCGACCUCAUUCAUUGUCUAGUGUAGAUUUAAUGUCCAUCCAACAACAGGCACUGAAUUUGUCCAGAUUAGAACACAGGGGUAGUCCAAAGGGAUCGCCUGUGUUGGAAGUUAGUACCCCACCCUCUAGUCCCUCAUACACACAUUCCAAGAAUGAAUUGACACCAUUUCAAACAUUUAAGACGAUGUUUCGUAGGAAAGGAAGUAGUAAGAGUAAGGCUAGUAAAAAACGCUCUGUGUCAUUGUCGCAAACUACAAAUAUGGAAUACAGCGAGGCUUUGAAAAAGCAUUUUCAGAAAUAUGACAUGUCCUAGUUUAAUGCCUUAUCAUUGUGUAGAACUGGUAAUUAUCAGUUCUGUAGAAUGGUUACAUUAUUUGACUGUUAAAACCAGAUUUUCUUUAAAAUGGGUAAAAGUUGUGAAUUAUAAUUGUUUAUUUGGAAAAAAAAACUGAUUUGUGAGUUAUGAUAGAGUAAAAUUUAGUUUGCUUUAAGUUAUUGUAAGCUUGUUUUUAUAUUUUAUAUAUUUUUAUGCUAGUUUGGAGACUUUCUUUUCAUUUAAUUAAUUUUAAAUUUAGUGGCUUUUAUUGACUGUUUUUCCAUCUGUUAAAAAAGUGUAAUGAUUUCAUUAGUUGCGUAGUUCUCAAUAAUUUCAAAGUUUUUAUCUGUAACAUCUCAGUCUGGGCAUAAACCUUAUCUUGGCUAUUAUACCUUGAAUGGAACUCUAAUGCAUUUCUUCAAAUGGUUGUGUUCUUUUGUAAAGCUAGCCCACAUGGGCUUGAAAACAUUUUCAAAAAUGGAAAUAAUACUUGUUGAACAUUUCAUGUUUUUUUCCAUCGUGACUCAAGAUUUUUUGGGUUUUUCUUUUUGAGAGCAAAGAUUUGUAAGACAGUAAUACUGU